AAAGAUUUCGUGAACCUUAACAUGAAGAACUUGUCACUUGUUACUUCAGCUGGAAUUGUGAAUAGAGUGUUAGCUGUUUUAUGGGAAUUAGCGGAAUUGUUUGAUAAACUUGAGCAAUGGGGAGAUGCAGCAUUUGUAUAUGAAACAUAUCUGGAUAUGAUCACAAAAGAUGAAGAUAUAGAAAAACAAGCGAACGUCAUGAAGCGUCUGGUGCAAAUAUACGAUGAAGAAGAGCGUUAUUACUUAAGAAAUUCGAUGGAAGCCAAGUUACAAGAAAUCAUUAAGAAAAAGAACGAAAAAGAGUGGGAAUACAUUGGUGGAUCUGUUAUACAUAAAGAAUUGUUCUUAAAAUUGAUUAAGUAUAGACGAAAUCCCAAUGUCGAGGUCAAGCAUGUAGACAAUGUACGUGUGAUAAUCUCUGACGAGUUUUGCAUCGGUAGAGGAAGUGAUGGAACCCGUGUUUAUCUGGGACUGAAAAAGGAUGGUUACGGCAAAGCAGUAAAACGAAUACGUCGAGAUAACUGCAUCACGAUUGCCAAGAAAGAAAAGGAAAUGUUGAGCGAAUUCAACGCAAAGGAGUCGAAAUUUGUUGUGAAAUAUUACUACUUAGAAGAGGACACUGAAACAGACUAUGUCUAUUUGAUACUAGACCUAUGUGAGGAAUCGUUGGAGAGGUUUGUGGCAUCUUCUACAUUGCAGGAUCUUCAAAAAUCUCUUCCCGAAAUUCUCAGACAAGUGUUAAAAGGAUUAGCUGAUCUUCACUGCGGCCCAUGUCCUAUUCUUCUUCGGGAUUUAAAGCCUUCCAAUGUUCUCCGAGACACACAUGGUAAAUUUCUGAUUGCUGACUUUGGUAUAAGUCGAAAAUUGAAGGGUGGCCUUAAGACAUAUCAUACUAGCUCUAAAAAGGGAACUCAGGAUUAGAUUGCUCCUGAAUCAUAUUGUAAAGAUGAAGAUUCAGUUGAUACAUCACGU